GUUGGAGAUCAUCUUUUUUCCUUCCACAUCCUUCUUUUUUGUCAGAAGAGGCAGAAGUGGAUGUGAGAGACAGAGACACUCAGAGACACACAGAGCGAAAGAGGGCAAGAGAUUUGACUUUAAGAGACUCCUGCACUGACAACUCCAUGCAGUUCGGAACAAGAACAGCAACGACCGAACCUGGUUUCAUGGGGACAUGGCAGAACGCUGACACUAACCUCUUAUUCAGAAUGUCCCAGCAGGCCAUUCGCUGCACCUUGGUAAAUUGCACAUGUGAAUGUUUCCAGCCAGGGAAGAUAAACCUGAGAACCUGUGAUCAGUGUAAACAUGGCUGGGUGGCACAUGCUUUGGACAAACUUAGCACCCAGCAUCUAUACCAUCCAACUCAAGUGGAGAUUGUACAAUCCAAUGUAGUGUUUGAUAUCAGCAGCCUGAUGCUGUAUGGUACCCAGGCCGUGCCAGUGAGACUGAAGAUAUUGCUGGAUCGACUCUUCAGUGUAUUGAAGCAGGAAGAAGUGCUGCACAUUCUGCAUGGUUUGGGCUGGACACUUCGGGACUAUGUUCGGGGCUACAUUCUUCAGGAUGCUGCAGGCAAAGUGCUGGACCGCUGGGCCAUCAUGUCCAGGGAAGAAGAGAUUAUUACCCUUCAGCAGUUUCUGAGGUUUGGAGAAACCAAAUCCAUUGUGGAGCUGAUGGCAAUUCAAGAAAAAGAAGGGCAGGCUGUGGCUGUGCCAUCUUCAAAGGCAGACUCAGAUAUAAGGACUUUUAUUGAAAGCAAUAAUCGAACCAGGAGCCCAAGUCUUCUAGCGCAUCUGGAGAACAGCAACCCUUCCAGCAUUCAUCAUUUUGAAAACAUCCCAAACAGCCUAGCACUCCUGCUUCCAUUUCAAUAUAUAAAUCCAGUUUCAGCUCCACUGUUGGGCUUGCCUCCGAAUGGUCUCCUGCUGGAACAGCCAACGCUGAGAUUGCGUGAACCAAAUCUUUCAACCCAGAAUGAAUAUAAUGAAAGCAGUGAAUCUGAAGUGUCCCCAGCGCCUUUCAAGAAUGAGCAGAACUCCAACAGGAACGCCUUGACCAGCAUCACAAAUGUAGAGCCCAAAACUGAGCCAGCUUCCGUGUCUCCAGUGCAGACAUCUACCCCUGUCAGUGAUUUAUCCAAACCUGAACAUACAAAAAGCUCUUUCAGAAUUCACAGAAUGAGGAGGAUGGGAUCAGCAUCACGGAAAGGCAGAGUUUUCUGUAAUGCAUGUGGCAAGACCUUUUAUGACAAAGGUACCCUCAAAAUCCACUACAAUGCAGUCCAUCUUAAGAUCAAACAUAGAUGUACUAUUGAAGGUUGCAACAUGGUCUUCAGCUCUCUUAGAAGUCGCAACCGUCACAGUGCUAAUCCUAACCCCCGACUUCAUAUGCCCAUGCUAAGGAACAAUCGAGACAAGGAUCUUAUCCGUGCUACAUCGGGUGCUGCUACCCCUGUUAUAGCAAGUACAAAAUCUAACCUGACAUUAACAAGUCCUGGUCGACCUCCAAUGGGUUUUACCACUCCCCCGUUAGACCCUGUGCUACAAAACCCUCUACCUAGCCAACUAGUGUUCCCAGCUUUAAAGACUGUACAGCCUGUUCCUCCUUUUUACAGAAGUUUACUUACACCAGGUGAGAUGGUGAGUCCUCCAACCUCAUUACCUACCAGUCCUUUAAUGCCAGUGGCUACUACAAUAGAGCAGCCUCCCCUUCCUUCUUCAGAAUCAACAGCACCGGUGUUGGUGAUGCCCACCCAUGAGACAAAUACUGACCUUGCCCCUAAGAAAAAACCAAGAAAGUCAAGCAUGCCUGUGAAAAUAGAGAAAGAAGUUAUUGACACUGCUGAUGAGUUUGAUGAUGAAGAUGAGGACAUCAAUGAUAACAGAAGUAUUACUAAUGACAAUCACUGCCACUCUCAGGAAGAAAUGAGCCCGGGAUUGUCUGUGAAAGACUUCUCAAAAAAUGGAAGAAGGUGCAUUUCCAGGACAGAGCUAAGAAGAGCAGAUAGCAUGACAUCAGAAGACCAAGAGCAUGAGAGAGACUAUGAAAAUGAGUCAGAAUGCUCAGAACCAAAACUUUGCGAGGAAUCCAUGGAAGGGGAUGAGCACAUGAUGCAUGAAAGAAAUAACAGAUCUGUGAUGAACCACAACAGGCCUGAUGAAAACCACAAUGAAGCUUCACAUCAGGAUGAAAUUAAGAUUAAGGAAGAAUUUACAGAUCCUACGUAUGAUAUGUUUUGCAUGAGCCAAUACGGACUUUACAAUGGAGGUAGUGCUAGUAUGGCUGCCCUCCAUGAAAGUUUCACUUCCACAUUCAACUACAGCAGCCCCCAGAAAUUCUCCCCAGAUGGUGAUUUAUGUUCAAGCCCAGAUCCCAAGAUCUGCUAUGUUUGCAAGAAAAGUUUCAAGAGUUCUUACAGUGUGAAGCUCCACUAUAGGAAUGUUCAUUUAAAAGAGAUGCACGUCUGCACAGUUGCGGGCUGCAACGCUGCCUUCCCAUCAAGGAGAAGCAGAGACAGACACAGCGCUAACAUAAACCUACACCGUAAACUGUUGACCAAAGAACUGGAUGAUAUGGGACUGGAUACGUCUCAGCCCUCACUUAGCAAGGAUCUCCGUGAUGAAUUUUUGAUGAAGUUCUAUGGUGCCCCACAUCAGAUGGGGUUUGAUUUAAGGGAAGAUACGUCCUCCCCUGCAGGUACUGAAGAUUCCCAUCUGAAUGGGUAUGGAAGGGGCAUGUCAGAAGAAUACAUGGUGCUAGACCUCAGCACCACAUCCAGCAUCCAGUCCAGUGGUAGCAUCCAUUCCUCAAGAGAAUCCGAUGCAGGGAGCGACGAGGGGAUUCUCCUUGAUGAUGUCGAUGGGGCAAGUGACAGUGGGGAGUCAUCACACAAAGCUGAUGCCCCAGCCCUAGGCAUUGGCAUGGGUGCCGAAGCCCCAGGAUCCUACAUGUACAACAGCAUUUCCAUGAACAAUGGGGGGAUCAUGUGUAACAUUUGUCACAAAAUGUACAGCAACAAGGGGACUCUCAGAGUGCAUUACAAGACUGUGCACUUACGAGAAAUGCACAAGUGCAAGAUCCCUGGAUGCAACAUGAUGUUCUCCUCCGUCCGCAGCCGGAAUAGGCACAGUCAGAACCCAAACCUGCAUAAAAACAUUCCCUUCACUUCACUAGAUUAG